AUGGCUGGCAGCGACCCAAGCAGGUCGCCGUCCAAGGCCGGCAUUACCUUUACUAGAGAUUUUGAGAUUGUCGAAAUGAGUAGCUUGUCUACUGCCGACAAGGACAAAGACCACCCCCCCUUGAACACGGCAUCAUACGCCGUUUCCACUGCUCCUCGACCGGUUCGAUACGCCAACCAGAAAGCCGCAGGUCAGAGAUGGGUGGACAGCUUCAAGCCACUUGAGGGCUCCUCCGAAGUCAUCAAGGAUGGAUACUACGUCACCGAGGGUAUGGAAGAGAUGCCCCGCGAACCGCAACGCUUCUACGAUCUACAAGCGGCCAACGCGCGAACCGCCAACUCGGCGCUGGUCCGCGGCUUAAAAGGCCGUCACCUGCAAAUGAUUGCAAUCGGCGGCUCCAUUGGAACUGGUCUUUUCGUCGCCUCUGGAGGUGACCUGGCGCAAAGCGGCCCAGCGUCGUUGCUCACCGCGUACGCGCUCACGGGUGCCAUGCAGUUCUGUACUAUGCAAAGCUUGGCUGAACUGGCAGUUGUAUUUCCCAUUUCAGGAUCCUUCUCUGCAUUUUCUACCAGAUUUCUUGAUCCAUCCUGGGGCUUUGCUAUGGGCUGGAACUAUGCGUUGCAGUGGUUAGUUGCCUUGCCAUUGGAAGUCAUUGCUGGCGCCUUGACAGUCGAAUACUGGAACUCUAGCCUUAGCAAGGCCAUUUUUGUUACUAUUUUCCUGUUUAUGAUUGGUGUUAUCAACCUAUUCGGCAUCCGCGGCUAUGGUGAGGCCGAAUUCCUCUUCUCCACGGUCAAGGUCACUGCCAUUGCUGCCUUCAUUCUGCUCGGUAUUGUCGUCAACAUUGGAGGCACUCCUCACAGCGGCUACAUUGGUGGUACAUACUGGCAAAAUCCUGGCGCGACGAAGAAUGGAUUCAAGGGAUUCUGCAAUGUCCUUGUAUCCGCUGCUUUUGCCUUUUCUGGUACCGAGCUGGUUGGCCUUGCGGCGGCUGAAACCGCCAACCCACGCAAAUCCAUCCCAACGGCCAUUCGACAGGUGUUCUGGCGCAUCGCCCUCUUCUACCUUGUGGCCCUGCUCCUGGUGACACUUCUGGUCCCCCACAACGAACCGCGCCUGCUUGGGGCCAAGUCGUCCGUCGACGCCUCCGCUAGUCCAUUCGUCAUUGCCAUUGAGAGCAUGGGCGAGACGAUUCUGCCGAGUAUCAUGAACGCCGUCAUCCUCCUUGCCGUCAUCUCCGUCGGCAACUCGGCCGUCUUUGGCUCUUCGCGCACCCUCGCCGCGCUCGCCGAGCAGUCCCACGCCCCUAAGCUUCUCGCCUACAUUGAUCGCAAGGGGCGGCCGCUCGUCUCCGUGCUCAUCACGCUUGCCGCUGGUCUGCUCGCGUACCUCGUCGACAUUAAGCAGCAGAGCGAAAUCUUUGACUGGCUUAUCGCCAUCUGCGGCCUCUCUAGCCUCUUCACCUGGAGUAGCAUCUGCCUCUGCCAUAUUCGCUUCCGCGGUGCCUGGAAGGCCGCCGGCUACACGCCCGCUCAGCUGCCCUUUCAGUCUCAGGCCGGCCUCAUCGGCUCGUACGCCGCCCUCGUCGCUAACGUGCUCGUCAUAGCAUCGCAGUUUUGGACGGCCGUCUCGCCGCUCGGCGGCCGCGCCGACACGUCCUCUAUCGGCAUCGCCAAGAACUUUUUCCUCAAGCUGCUUGCCGUGCCCAUUGUCUUGGUCUUUUACUUUGGCCACAAGCUUUGGUUCAAGACGCACAUUUUGCGUACCAAGGCAAUGGAUAUUGAUACAGGGCGGAGCUUUACCCGCGCGCAGUCGAUUCACACUGAUGACCCCAGCCUGAAUAGGAAGUGGCCAUUCUGGAAACGCGUGUACCGAUCACUGUGCUGA